AUGGCGCAGCCAGGAAAUGCAGCAGCAGCACGAGUCUCUCCUCCAACGCAGCAGCAGCAGCACGGCUGCGACCGCCGCGACAGGCGCGCGCGGUCGUUAGAAUCGCAGAGGAAGCGCGACAGGGCCUCUGGUUUCGACCUUGACGCCUCGUCCGAAUCUCGCGCCGCCAAGUCCGCUAGAACCGGCGCAUGCGCUUCGAGUCAACAUUCCUCCUUCUCCCCUCGCCCUUCCUUCUCUCAAUCUUCCCCCAACUCCUCAUUUCCCUCGGCCUCCCCCUCCCCUCGUGCCACCGAGAUUUUCGGCACGCCGACGGGUCGCUUAGAGGAUUAUUUUGCCCUCGAAUCGGCUGUACUGGGUUCGGGGCAGUUCGGAUCGGUGCGCAGGUGCGUCGAGAAGGCGACCGGGACGCGCUUCGCGUGCAAGUCCAUCUUAAAGAGUCGGUUAACCUCCGAGUCGGAACGCCACGACGUGAGGCGCGAGGUCGUGCUCAUGCAGCGUCUCGCUGCUGGCGCGUCUUGCGGCGCAACUUCCGGCGCAGCUGGCGCAGCGUCUGCCGCCGGGGCUGGCGUCGCCCCCGCGGGGUACAGCCCGCACGCGGGGGUGGUGCAGCUUCGCGCAGUGUUCGAAGACGACGCGGCCGUGCACAUGAUCAUGGAGCUGUGCGACGGUGGCGAACUGUUUGACGAAAUUGUGCGACGCGGGCGACUGAGCGAGCGCGACGCGGCGCAGGUUUUUAGCCAGAUAGUGUCGGCUGUCGCCUUCUGCCACUCCCGCGGCGUGCUCCAUCGCGACCUCAAACCCGAAAACAUCCUCCUCGCGCGCUACCCCGCUUCCGCCGCCGCGCCUGCCACUGCAGGUACGCCGUCCGCCGCCGUUUCCGCCGCCGCAGCAGCCGGCGCGGGCCAGCGGGUCGUCGUCGCGAAGCUGGCGGAUUUCGGGCUCGCGAUUCCGCUCAAGCAGGGCGAGCGCGCGCGCGGCGUCGCCGGGUCGCCUUUCUACAUUGCUCCCGAAGUCCUCCGUGGCGACUAUUCCCUCGAAGCCGACGUGUGGUCUCUGGGCGUCAUCCUCUACAUUCUCCUCUGUGGCGCGCCGCCCUUCUGGGGCCCGACGGACAGGGACGUCUUUAUGAAGGUGCUGCAAGGCGCGGUGGACAUGGGCGGGGAGGAGUGGAGUGGGGUGUCAGAGGAGGCAAAGGGGUUGGUGCGGUGCCUGUUACAGCGGGACCCCAGGAGGCGGCCGCCUGCUGUGAAGAUUCUGUCUCACCCGUGGAUUCUCCUCAACUGCCUUGGCGGGAGGAUUCUCAGACAGCAGCUGGGGAAGAAACCCACUGCUGCUGGCGCCACUGCUGCUGGCACGACUGCUGCUGGCGCGCCUGCUGCAGCAGCUGCCGUGGCAGGAGCGUCGGCGAGCGGUGCUGCUGUGGUUGGUGCUGGUGCUUCUGCGGGAGUCAAAGCACCUGCGAUUCACUCAGCCACUGGAGCAGCAGCAACAGCGGCACCACCACCACUGAUAGUGACGCAGCGGCAGCAGGUAGUGCUGACAGCAGCCCCACCUGCGACUGCCAGCAGCCCAUCUGGGAUUCGCGGGGAUGCCAAGUCAAGCCUCAUGGGCAUAGCCAGCAGCAGCUAA